GUCAACAGAAGGGAAUGGGAAGGCGAAGUUGCUAAUUUCCAAAAUAUUGUUUGAAAAAUUAACGUAAAUAUUACUAAAUAUGGCCAAUUAUAAUCCAAAUGAAUAUGCAUGGCAAGCACAAAACCAGAAUAGUCAAAGUUACUCAUUUGAUACAUCCAACGCAUUCGCAGAUCAAGCUCAAACUUUGGAUUUUCAGUCGUUCCCCACAGAUCAACAGAGUUUUUCACUAGAUCAAGGACAUGGUCAAAUGCAGGCCAACAAUAACCAAUAUUACAAUCCUAAUUUAUUUACGCCUGCACCGAUACCUGGCGAAGGUAUAGCCGAAUCAACCGACUUCGAUGAACCACCACUAUUGGACGAACUCGAAAUUUAUCCAGACCGAAUACUAGAGAAAACACUUGCAGUGUUAAAUCCUUUUCAUGGCCAAUCUAAAGCUGACGAUGCCAACUUUUUACUCCGAGACACAGAUAUUGCAGGGCCCAUAGCAUUUUGCCUUGCUUUAGCCGUUUGUUUAUUUUUGUCAGGGAACAAAGCACACUUUGGCUAUGUGUAUGGUCUAUCUGUAAUGUCUGUUAUUUUGAUGUAUUUCCUACUAUCUUUGAUGUGUCGCACUGAAGGUGUUUUCACUGUUCUUAGUGUUGCUAGCGUCUUAGGUUAUUGUAUGUUACCUAUGGUAGUGCUUGCAGGCCUAGGCAUUUUCGUGUCACUGGAGGGCACUUUAGGCAUUUCUUUAUCAGGGGUGGCAGUGAUUUGGUCUGCAUUGUCAGCGAGUAGACUCUUUGUUACUAUGUCUGGUGACGCUGAGCAAAGGCCUCUUAUUGCAUACCCAUGUGCCUUAGUCAACGGUGUAUUUGCACUACUAGUUUUGUUUUGAAUAAGUUUAUUUAACUUUUAUUUGUAUAAUGCAUGUAUUUCAUUCUUUGAAAUCCAUAAAUUGUAAGCAAACAUUAUUUAGAUGACAUGCCAGAGUUGAGAAAUAUUUAAUAAAAAGAGCAAUUAAAAUUCUAACAAAUUGUAAUUUAAUUUCUUAUAGCAAAAACUGGAGCAUAAUAAUUGUUCAGUCAUACAGUAAUUACUUCAAUUUUGUAAAGUCAUUAUUAACAAAUCAAGAUCAUUAUAAUGAAAAUGUAAGUCUUAUUGAUUAUAACAUCUAUUUUGUACCCUUGUUUAAAGAAAAAAUUACUCAAUAAAA